GCAAGUAGAAGGACGUUGGAUUAUUCUUCGCAAUACAUUUACUAAAAAAUUGCAGGAAAUGAAGAAUCAACCUAGUGGCUCAGGAUGCAAAAUGGCAAAAAUGUGGAUUUACUUCAAGCAAAUGUCUUUCUUGACACCGCACAUUGCACAUCGAAUGUCACGCAGUUCUAUGACAGCAUCCCAAGAAAAAAGCAAUGUAUCACAAAGUAUUAUAAGGUCUUCGAUACUCAUCGAAGACUCUGCAGAUAAAACAAUGUCAAGUCCAUUAUCAUUAAAUAAUGCAUGCAGUUAUGUAAAUGCUGUAAAUGUGCUGACAUGCUCAGAUGAUAGUAUUAGCAAUCCUUCACUUGAUGAAUCUUGUAGUAUUACAUCAUCAACUUCAAAUCAGCAAUCUCCUGUUACUUUGAUAGACUCUGAGGAUAAUGUAUUUGAGUAUACAAAUAAAAAUAAUAAAGUACAAAAGAAGACAGCUGCAGAUAUCGUUACUAAGACCAUGAAUAACGUAAUCCAGAAGAAGAAAGUGCCAGCUCCAGAUCAAUUUGCAGUAAAAAAGCAGAAAACAACGGAAACAAUGGAGAAUGUAUUGUGUCAAUCUUCUCAUGCUCUCAAUGUAAUGGCAACAGCAUAUUUGAGUCGUGCUACUGUGGAACAGCACCAUCCGUAUAUCACUGCAAUAGCUGAAGCAAUGAGACGAGUACCGAAUGAACAGCAAUUGACUUGUUUCAUGUCAAUUAUGCAAGUUAUUUCAACUCAUUCACAAGACAAAUAAUUAUAAAUUGUUCGGUAACUGAGGUAUAUCUUUAAACAUACAAAAUAUAGUUUUUAGUUUUUAUACAUUCUGUCUUUCAAUAUAGUGCAAAAAAGACAUAAUUUUAUUAUAAUUUGGCGCAUAUGCUAUUCUUUUUUAUUU